AUGAAGAGUGAUUUCAAGUUUAGCAAUUUAUUGGGUACUGUUUAUAGACAAGGAAAUAUAGUUUACACAGCCGAUGGUAGUACGUUACUUUCUCCGGUUGGUAACCGAGUCUCAGUUUUUGAUUUAAUUCAUAAUAAGUCAUUCACAUUUAGUUAUGAGCAUAGGAAAAAUAUCUCAGUUAUUGCAUUGAACCCACAAAACACCCUUUUAAUUAGUAUCGAUGAAGAUGGUCGUGGAAUCCUAGUAAAUUUCAAGGCAAGGACAGUAUUACAUCACUUCAAUUUUAAGAAUAAAGUCAGGUCGAUUGAAUUUUCUCCAGAUGGGACGCAUUUUGCCAUUGCUGCAGGUAGGUUUGUCGAGGUCUGGAAAACACCUGAUAUGAGUGAGGAUAGACAGUUUGCUCCAUUCGUUAGAUACCGUGUUUAUGCAGGACACUACGAAGAUGUUACAGCGGUUUCUUGGUCAGGUGAUUCAAGAUUCAUUCUUUCUGCUAGCAAAGAUAUGACCGCUAGGAUUUUUUCAUUGCAUUCUGAAGAUAAGCAUGUCAAGAUGUCAUUGGCUGGUCAUAGGAAUUAUGUGGUAAAGGCGUUUUUCAAUCAAUCUCAAGAAAUUAUAUACACAGUUUCCAAAGACGGUGCUAUCUUUAGAUGGGAAUAUACCGAAAGGCCAGGGGAAGAAGAUUUGCCUGAAGAAGAGAAAACAAUGAGCUGGAGAAUCAUGGCAAAGAAUUUCUUCUUUGCUGAAACCAAUGUGAAAUGCUGUACAUUUCAUACAAAGUCCAACCUAUUUAUAGUAGGGUUUGCAAAUGGUGAAUUUAGGCUAUAUGAAAUGCCCUCCUUCACACUAAUUCAACAAUUGUCAAUGGGAGCAAACAGUGUUACAACCGUUUCUGUCAAUGGAUCGGGUGAAUGGAUCGCAUUUGGUUCUAAAGAGUUAGGUCAACUUUUAGUGUAUGAAUGGCAAUCAGAAUCGUAUAUAUUAAGACAACAAGGCCAUUUUGAUUCGAUGAACUGUUUGGCCUAUUCUCCUGAUGGGUCUAGGAUUGUUACUGCAUCUGAUGAUGGUAAAAUCAAAAUUUGGGAUAUAGUGUCUGGAUUCUGCUUGGCAACGUUUGACGAACAUCAAUCUUCUGUUACCGGAGUUGUUUUUGCAAAAAGGGGUCAAGUCAUGUUCUCUUCUUCUUUGGAUGGAACCGUCAGGGCAUGGGAUUUAAUUCGUUUCAGAAACUUUAGAACGUUCACCUCAACGAGAAGAAUUCAGUUUUCAUCUGUUGCGGUUGAUCCUAGUGGUGAAAUUGUUUGUGCCGGUUCCUUAGAUGACUUUGAUAUUCAAGUGUGGUCUGUUCAGACUUCUCAACUGUUAGAUCAACUUUCUGGUCACGAGGGUCCUAUUUCAUGCUUGAGUUUUGGUACAGAAACGAAUGCCAGGUUAGCCAGUGCAUCAUGGGAUAAAACUGUACGUAUUUGGGAUAUCUUUGGUAGAUCUCAGACAAGUGAGCCUUUUGAUUUAACAUCCGAAUGUUUAUCUCUAGCAAUGAGACCGGAUUCGAAGGAAGUUGCAGUAUCAACUAUGGAUGGUCAUCUUACAUUUUUUGAUAUUGAAAAUGGUAAGAUGGUUAGGGAAAUAGAUGGAAGAAAAGAUAUCUUGCAAGGUAGGUAUAGAGAGGAUGAAUUUACAAGCAAAAACUCAAAACGUGGUAAACACUUUGAUACUAUUGCAUAUAGUUUUGAUGGUUUAACAUUAAUCGCAGCAGGUAACAAUAACAGCAUAUGUUUGUAUGAUCUACCAAACGAAGUUCUAUUAAAGAGGUUUAAAAUAUCGCUGAAUAUGCAAUUGAAUGGUACCUUAGAACAGCUAAACUCUAAGAAUAUAGUAGAUGGACAAGCUGUUGAUCUUGUCGAUAGAUCUGGGGAGUUAUCUGAUGCAGAAGAAAGUCAUAAGGCUGAUAUCAGGUUACCAGGCUCCCAUCGGGGUGAUAUCGGUUUGAGAUCUACCAAGCCAGAAAUUCGGGUAAUGAGCGUUGGGUUUUCCCCAACUGCAAACGCAUUUGCUGCAGCGUCAACUGAGGGUUUACUGAUUUAUUCGAUAGAUGAUUCUUUGAUUUUUGAUCCUAUUGAUUUAGAUAUCGAUGUUACGCCUGAGAAUACCCUCAGCUGUCUAGGAGAAGGUGAGUACUUAAAUGCAGUUGCAAUGGCAUUUAGGUUGAAUGAAGUAUAUUUGAUUCAAAAGGUUUAUGAAUCAAUCAAAAAGGAAGAUAUCAAAUUGGUAGCUAGAGAUUUGCCGGUUAUAUAUGUGCCAAAAAUAUUGGAAUUUAUAGGCAACUUAAGCACCGAAAGUGCACAUGUGGAAUUUAAUCUUUUAUGGAUUGAACAACUCAUCACUCUUCAUGGUAAGUUCAUAACACAAAACAAACAUUUAUUUGCUAGAGGAAUCAGAUCGAUUCAAAGGUUUUUAACCAGGACUGCCAAGGAUGUUGUUAGCUAUGGGAAAAAAGCCAAUAAUCUCAGUAGAUUUUUACUUGCCUCCACAGCUAUCAAUACAUCAGAUUGUGACUACAAAGAACUAGAAAAUGAUGCUGUUAUUGAAGAUGUAGAGGAAGCUGAUUCUGAUAUCAUGGAUGUGAAUGAAGAAGAAGAAAAAUCUGACGAUGAAGACGAAGAAGAAAAAGAGGAAGAAGAAGCAGAAGAGGAGGGAGGGUGGUUUGGUCCCAACGAGAAUGGUAAGAAAUAUAUUGAUAACUUUGCUCACUCUGAUAGUGAAGAAGACCAUGACGAUGUCGAGUAA